AUGAGAUAGAUGACUAAAGCAAUGGACAGUUGUUUUGAAGAUGAAAUGUUUCAGAUAAAACAAUUAAUUUCAUAAUUAAGAUAAUCAGAAGUUAACUUUUAUGAUCAAAGAUUAUAAUAUGAUACUUAGAUCUUAUAAGAAUGGGAAAUUUAUAAAGAGAGUUAAAUAAAGAAGAUAAUACAUGAAACAAUGAAUUCAUCAAGUCCUGAUUUUAAGAUUUGUUUAUGUGAAUUUGCAUAGAAUAAACGAUUAUCAAUUGAAAUUUGGAUUAAAGUAGCUUAUGAUGUAUUUUAUGAUGAAUUAGAUGGUAAUGAAUUAAGAAUGAAAUUUUGGACAUACUUUAAAAAAAAGUAUUUUACUUUAAGAGAUGAAUUAAUGACAAAAGAAUGGCCAGAUUAAUGGAAAUAUGUAGAAGAUGAACCAUGUUUAUGUUUGGAUAUAAUUAAGGUGUAUGAAUAAUAUUUACCAAUCAGAAUGUUAAUAGCUUAAAAUUUGAAUGAAUUAGCUCCAAAUUAUUUAUAUGUUGAUGUUAGACGAAUGCCUAAUCUAAUAGAAGAUAAUGGUUUAUAUUUAGAAUGUACAAGAAAAACAUGGUUUCCUAAUUUAUAAUUGUUAUCAUGUGAUUAAUUAGAAAAAGUUUAUUACUCAAAUACAGUAUUUAGUCAUCAAAUAUUAAGAUUUGUUGUUAUAAUAAAAAAGAUUGUUAUGCCUAUUUUAUAAUAUUUCUAAGAAAGGGCAGAAGCUGGUAAUGUAAUUAAUAUUUAUGGAGAAUAACAUGAAUUUAUGUUUGAAAUACUUUAAUCUUUAAAAGCAUUAAGUGGAUUGGCUAUUAGAACUGCUGAUGCUACUUUGAGAGUGUAAAAAUCAUUCAAAUAAGGAUCUGUAGAUUCAAGAACUAAAGAGGAUGUAUGUAAAGUGAUUAUAUCUACUUUAUCAUAACAUGAUGUAAAUUAAGAGAUUUUAUAAGAUAUCUAUGAUAAUUUAUGUUAAGGUUAUACAACAUUUUAUUCAGAUGUUUAUAAACAUAUUAAACCUUAUCCUAAAUUAAUAAUUAUGGUAAGUGAAAGAAAAUUAUCAUUUAAAAUGUCAAGAUCAGAUGAUAUUUAAUAUCAUUAAAUUCCUGAUUAAAUGAUUUCAGAUUUAUUAAAAACAAUAGACUAUCAAUUUCUUGUUUAUUAUGUUAAUUUAUGUUUUAAUAAAGUAAUGACAUUAUAAUAAAGAUCUGGAUAAAGAAAACCAUUUUUUUAAAUUAUGAUGUUGAUGUGGUCAUAUGCAGUACCAUUAUUUUUUAAAAAUGUUAAGCCUGAAUUAUCAGAUGCCAAAAUAUUUGAAUAUAUGGAAACUUAUGAAAAAUUGAUUGAGUAAGAAAAUAUAACAAUAGAUUUAUCAGAUAAUGAAUUAAAAUAGUAAUUUAAUGAAGAUGAUUAAGAUUCUAAAGAAUCUGAGAGUUAAUAAUCUGAAAUUUAAGGAGAUAAUAUGGAAAUCACUAAUCUUGGUAAAGUUGUAAAGAAAAUAAGAUUUUAUUGA